CCACGCACACAGCACACACUCAUGCUCACUUUCUGCUUUGUCUUUUGAGAGCUGCUCCAGGCUUUGUACACAGCACUUUCCUCACUGCCUACCUUUCCCUGCUGCUCCCGCUCAACUGCUGCCGCUGGGGACAGUGACGGAUGUGUGUGGCUCCAGAGGGACCUUGCAAAAGGCAAUCCAAGCUCUUUUUCACUCAUUUGCAAGCAUUGCUAUCCCUGGACUGUGCUUCUUCAGUGAACGCUGUGUUCCCCACUGCUCUCACAGUGGCAGCACCUCCGAGGAGCAGCACCAGCAUCUCCGGGUGUGUGUCAGACAUUCCUCUGCUUCAGAGUGGCAGGGCAGUAGAGACGGCAAGAGGCUGAGCUGCUGCGUCUGAGCUAUUCAAGCUGCUAUCAAGAGGCCAGUAAAUACCACCACAAAAAGCUGGACACUGUUUUUUUCUCGUGCUUGUGCUCCCUCAGGGAGCUAAGCUUUGCUGGGAUUGUCCCACGGCUCUGGAGAGGCGAAGCAGAGCAGCAUUGUGGGACCCUGUGGGACAAGACCAGUCUGCCCAAGAAGUUCUGAGGGCAAACUGGGACUCCUUGCCUAGAGAGACACCUCACUCCAGCAUGGCUGAAGGUGCCGGGAGCUGGAGAGACUUCUCCCCUGCCAGGAAUGAUGCUGAGCUGGCCAGGGGAGCCACAGGAAACUUCCAGGGAGCAGCAGAUACAGAGAGCACUGGACGAGAACAACACUUGGGCCUCCGCAGCAUGGAUCCAGCUUGGGAGGAGAUGCGAGGGGCAGUGGCCGUGGCAGAGGUGGAGGAGCAGUUCCUGCACUUGGCCAUCAGAAAGCAGGUCUCCUACAGGAAAGCUAUUGCUAAAUCCAGUCUCCAACACAUGGUAGCCCAGCCAAACCCAGCACUAGCCAUGAGGAGCGACUCGGAGAGGCAGAUACGCAGCACUGUGGAUUGGAGCGAGGCUGCGGUCUAUGGGGAGCACAUCUGGUUUGAGACCAAUGUCUCUGGGGACUUUUGCUACGUUGGGGAACAGAACUGCAUGGCAAAGCUUCUGCAAAAACCUCUCUCCAGGCGCAAGUGUGCAGCCUGCAAGAUCGUAGUGCAUACGCCCUGCAUCGAACAGCUGGAGAAAAUAAAUUUCCGCUGCAAGCCGUCCUUCAGGGAGUCAGGAUCCCGGAACAUACGGGAGCCCAUUGUUGUCCGACAUCACUGGGUGCACCGGAGGCGGCAGGAAGGGAAGUGCCGGCAGUGUGGCAAGGGUUUUCAGCAGAAGUUUGCCUUCCACAGCAAAGAGAUUGUAGCCAUCAGCUGUUCCUGGUGCAAACAAGCGUAUCACAGCAAAGUAUCGUGUUUCAUGCUGCAACACAUUGAAGAGCCCUGCUCACUGGGGGCUCACGCUGCUGUCGUCGUUCCUCCCACCUGGAUUCUGCGGGUCCGGCGGCCCCAGAAUCCGCUGAAAUCUAGUAAAAAAAAGAAGAGGACAUCAUUCAAGCGGAAAUCCAGCAAAAAGGGGGCCGAGGAAGGGAGGUGGAAACCCUUUGUCAUCAAGCCCAUGCCAGCUCCUCUCAUGAAGCCCUUGCUGGUGUUUGUGAACCCCAAGAGUGGUGGGAAUCAGGGAGCCAAGAUCAUCCAGUCCUUCAUGUGGUAUCUCAACCCACGGCAGGUUUUCGACCUCAGCCAGGGUGGACCCAAGGAGGCGUUGGAGCUGUACCGCAAAGUCCACAACCUCCGGAUCCUGGCGUGCGGGGGAGAUGGCACGGUGGGCUGGAUACUCUCCAUUCUGGACCAGUUACGCAUCAACCCACCUCCUCCUGUGGCCAUCCUACCUUUGGGGACAGGGAACGACUUGGCCAGAACACUGAACUGGGGUGGGGGUUACACAGAUGAGCCUCUGUCCAAGAUCCUAUCGCACGUUGAAGAUGGGAACAUAGUACAGCUUGAUCGCUGGAACCUCCAUGUGGAGCCAAACCCUGACACAAACCCUGAGGAAAAGGAUGAAGCAGCUGCUGACAAGCUCCCUUUGGAUGUCUUUAAUAAUUACUUCAGCCUUGGCUUUGACGCACGGGUGACGCUGGAGUUCCACGAAUCUCGAGAGGCCAACCCAGAGAAGUUCAACAGCCGGUUUCGGAAUAAAAUGUUCUAUGCUGGGACGGCCUUCUCCGACUUCCUCACCGGGAGCUCCAAAGACUUGGCGAAGCAUGUCAGGCUGGUUUGUGAUGGGAUAGACCUGACCUCCAAGAUUCAGGACCUGAAGCCCCAGUGCCUGGUCUUCCUUAACAUCCCAAGGUACUGUGCAGGCACCAUGCCCUGGGGCAACCCUGGGGAGCACCAUGACUUUGAGCCCCAGCGCCAUGAUGAUGGCUGCAUUGAAGUUAUCGGCUUCACCAUGACAUCACUGGCUGCCUUGCAAGUCGGUGGCCAUGGGGAGCGGCUCUGUCAGUGCCGGCAGGUGGUUCUCACCACAUCCAAGGCCAUCCCCAUGCAGGUAGAUGGAGAGCCCUGCAAGCUGGCAGCUUCCUGCAUCCACAUCUCUCUGCGCAACCAAGCCAACAUGCUGCAGAAGACCAAGCGGCGCAACUCCAUGCCUCUGCUCAAUGACCAGCAGCCAGUGCCCGAGCGUCUGCGGAUCCGGGUGAGCCGCAUCAGCAUGCGUGACUAUGAGGCACUGAACUAUGACAAGGAAAAGCUCAAGGAAGCCUCUGUGCCACUGGGGAUCAUCGUGGUUCCAGGAGACAGUGACCUGGAGUUGUGCCGGACUCAGAUUGAGAAGCUACAGGAGGAUUUCCCUGCACAGCCCUCUGCUUUAGAGCGCCUGCUCUUCCAGGAGGGAGAUGGAGCCAAGCCGAAGACAGUGUCAUUCCAGAGGCUGUCACCCAAGUGGUGCUUCCUGGACUCAACCACGGCCGAUCGGUUCUACAGGAUAGACCGCGCACAGGAACACCUAAACUAUGUGACAGAGAUCUCUCAGGAUGAGCUCUAUGUCUUGGACCCAGAGCUAGUGGUCACUCAGACUGUGAGCACUUCUCCUGCCAUGCCUGACCUCGUGGACUCAUCUGCCACACCCCCUGGGUACCAUUUUGCAUUUCCUUCCUGUUCCUCCUCUCCAUCCUCCUCUCCUGCCCCCAGCGCUGAGCCUGAGCACUGCCUUCCACAUAAAGAUGACCUUCUGAUAGAAGCUGCCAAGAGUGGCAACUUCAGCAAGUUCCAAGAGCUGCACCAAGCUGGAAGAGACCUGAUGGUGCGAGAUUCCUCGGGCCAGACUGUCCUCCACCAUGCUGUCAAAUCAGGAAGCAAGGACAUCGUCAAAUACAUCAUCGAGAAUGCUCCUUCAGAGAUCCUUGAUGCCACAGAGGAGGAGAACGGUGAAACCAGCUUGCACCAGGCUGCAGCCUUACGCCAGCGCACUAUCUGCCACUACAUCGUGGAGGCUGGGGCCUCGCUCAUGAAGACAGACCUGCAGGGAGACACCCCGAAGCACCGUGCUGAGAAGGCCAAUGACCCUGACUUAGCUGCCUACCUCGAGAACCGACAGCACUACCAGAUGAUCCAGCGGGAGGACCAGGAGACAGCUGUGUAGUGCUUGGCGUGCCUUAGCCCGAGCCAGCUCUUUCAGGAUGAGAAGAGUACAAUGCCAACUGCAGAGCUGUAUCUGGCCCAACCCUCCCCAGAUGCCAGCCUGCUCCCUGGAGAUGGACACAGAAGAGCUCUGCCCCAGGCAGGCUAGAACUCUGUUUAUGAGGACAAUGGAUAUUUCAGACUUGAAGCCUGAUUCUUUGUGUGUGCUCUUCACCUCUCAUUCACCACAUUCCCUGCCCUAGGUGGGCUCUAUCCUCCAGCCAUGUUGGAGCAGGCCAGGCUGAAGCCUCCAGUCACCCUUCAUGGGAGUAAUUCCAGUGCCCUCUCCACAGGCUCCUACCUAUAAUCCUUAUGGGAUAUCAUUGCUCAGUCCUUCUCUCUGCUGGCAGUGCCCCUCUUUCAGGUGCUUGGCUAGGUUUGUGUCCUGUUCCUCCUCUCCUGUCUGGCACAGCUGUGGGAGGCACAGGCUGCAUGGACAGACUGCAGAGGCUGUGAGCCACAGACUGCCCCAAAGGAAGCACCACAACUUACUUGCCCUGCUUUCUUUUCCCUCCUGGGGCUGCACCAGGUCUCUGU